UUAAUGCAGUGUCUGAAGGUUUCCUCUGAUUGUCCAGCUGUGGUCUCGUCAUGUUCGGUGUGUGUGUGUGUGUGUGUCCUCUGCUGGUUCUGGCGGCCGUGACCUCUGGAUCAGUUGAAGAGGAGAACCCAGAGUUCUGGAGGAGUUCAGCUCAGAACACACUGCGUUCGGCUCUGGCCAGGGAAAUCAACACUAAUGUGGCCAAAAACACUGUGCUGUUUCUGGGAGACGGAAUGGGUGUGACCACCAUCACAGCGGCCCGUAUCUUAAAGGGCCAGUUACAGAAGCGCUCGGGAGAGGAGACCGUCAUGAACAUGGACACCUUCCCGUAUGUGGGUCUUGCUAAGGUUUACUCAGUGGAUUUCCAGAUUCCUGACAGUGCAGCGACAGCUACAGCGUAUCUGUGUGGAGUGAAGGCUAACCUGAACACACUCGGCGUGAGCGCAGCCGCUCGUAACGGUGUGUGUCGCUCGCAGAAGGGCAACGAGGUCACGUCUAUCCUCAGAUGGGCUAAAGACGCAGGGAAGUCUGUGGGUAUAGUGACGACCACCCGUGUUCAGCACGCCACUCCUGCUGCUUCAUACGCUCACAGCGCUAGCAGAACCUGGUACAGCGACUCCGACCUGCCGACUUCUGCCGUCACCGGAGGGUGUGUGGACAUCGCCUCACAGAUGCUCACAAACACUGAUAUAGAUGUGAUCAUCGGAGGAGGUCGGAAGUACAUGACGCCUAAAGGGUUUCCCGACCCGGAGUAUCCCGCAGACCUGAGCGCACAGGGACAGAGAAAAGACAACAGAAGCCUCAUCGAUGAGUGGCUGAGCAUGAAGGAGGGAAAGGUUGCGAGAUACGUGUGGAAUAAAAGAGACUUUGACGCCGUGGAUCCUGAAAAGACCGAUUAUCUGAUGGCCCUCUUUGAGCCUGGUGAUCUGAGGUUUGAUGUGGAGAGAGACCCCAGCAUGGAUCCCUCCAUCUCAGAGACCACAGAGAAAGCCAUUCAGAUCCUGAAGAAAAAUCCCAAAGGAUUCUUCCUGCUGGUAGAAGGUGGCCGUAUUGAUCAGGGACACCACGACAGUCGCGCCGCCAUGGCUCUGCAUGAGGCGGUGGCUCUCGAUGAGGCUGUAGCUCGCGGACUGGAGCUGACCAAUGAGGAGGAGACUUUAACAGUCGUCACGGCUGACCACUCCCACGCGUUCACCUUUAACGGCUACCCGUUCAGAGGGAACAGCAUUCUGGGUAAAUCUCCAAUCUUUGCCUCAGACUUUUUACCCUACACGACUCUAAUGUACGGAAACGGACCAGGACACAAAAUCGUUGACAACAAGCGUCCAGACCUCCGCGGCGUCGACACCGCCGAUAAGGAUUACGUUCAGCAGUCGGCCGUCCCGCUGGAGACUGAGACCCACGGCGGGGAAGAUGUGGCGCUGUUGGCCCGCGGCCCCAUGGCUCAUCUCUUCCAGGGCGUUUAUGAGCAGAACUACAUCGCUCACGCCAUGGCUUACGCGGCCUGCGUCGGGGCCAAUCAGCAACACUGCGCUGCGACCGCCGAGCCUGAUGGGAUUCCCUACACAUCCACCGACCCGGGAAGCUCCGCCCCCGACACGCCCCUCUGCGCCAUGACGACGGUGAUCCUGAGCGUGUUAAUGAGUGUGUUACUGCACUGAGAGAGACACAGCAGCAGAUAUUCACCUAACAAUCAUAAUUAGAGAAUGUGAAAUAAACCCGUAAGGCAAAACACUACAUGGAAAAACCUAUUUUUCUUAUGCACUGGUGAGUUUUGAGCUUUAUUUUGCUUCCAUACCUUGUGAGACUAGUGGAAAUAAAACAUUCAAAACACUCUUUAAA